AUGCACGAAUGAAUUGAAAUUCUUUAUUCAAAACUAGCUUUUGCAGCCAUCGGAGCAUUUAUUACAAUCUUAACUAUCGAUGGAAGAAAUCAACAAAGAAAGCGCAGAGUGAGAUCAAAAGCUAAAAGAAGAAUCAAAGAGCUUAAAUGGCAUAUUCAAGGACAGCUACUCCCUGAAGUUCCAAAAGAGCUUCAGGUAAAAAUAGCUUCUUCUACCCUAAGCGAGCUUCGAGAAGGUCUAGACAAAGGUGAUUUCACUUCAGAGCAGAUUUUGCUAGCUUAUCUAAAAAUUCUUGCAAAGGAUGCUCUAAUUAGAAACCUCAUUAGCGAUGUUAAAGUGGAAGAAGCUUUAAAAGAAGCUAGAACUCUUGAUGAAGAAUUAAAGCAAGGCCAUAAACGUGGGAUUUUGCAUGGUAUCCCUAUCGUAUCAAAAGACAAUUUCUCAGUUAAAGGAAUGAUAAAUACAUGCGGUUGGGUAAAACACUACAAAAAUAUUCAAAAUGAAGAUGCUUUACAUGUAGAAGCUCUAAGAAGCCAAGGGGCUAUUAUUUAUGCAUUAGCUGCAGUCCCUCAAGGAUUAAAGUCAUAUGAGCUUUUCAAUAAUUUUACAAAAAGAGGACUUCAUCCUCAAUAUAUUGACCGCACUCCAGGUGGAUCAAGUGGAGGAGUAGCUGCAUUAGUAUCCUUAGGCUGCUCAGCUCUAGGAAUUGGUGACGAUUUAGUUGGGAGCAUAAGAGUACCAGCAUCAUUUUGUGGAUUAGCUGGAUUUAGAGCUACGCCUAAAAGAAUUUCAGCAGUUAGCCCUUUUGGGUAUACUGUCGGAUUUCCAUGCCUUAAUGUUUCUUUUGGAGCUAUAGGCAAAGUUGUUGAUGACUGUGUGGUUUAUAUGGAAGCAAUUUGUGAUAAAUAUAUGCAUCAAAGAGAUUUGUCAAUACCUCCACUGCCUUGAAAUGAAGAGAAGUAUAGGGACCAAAGAAAAUUAAAAAUUGGAUAUAUUGAUAGCGAUGAAUGCAUAAUUAAAUAUGGCGUUUCACCGCUUCGUGAUCGGCUUCGCUGACUUCCUUCAAACAUUAUAUCCGGCAAGGAUUUCCCAGCCAGAAAUGGACAGAAGUAAAUAUUAAGCAAUUCAGGUAGUGCACAGAACCCCACCUAUUCCACUUUCAGGAUUGGAUUUGACCUCAAGGAAAAAAGGGGGCUCAGAGUAGAAAAGCCCAGCAAAAUUUACAGGCAAAACCUAGAUCAUUCAGACUACUUCCUAUCGUGAAAAUGGAAGUUACGCCCCAAACUUCAAAUUUUUCCUUUAGAUAGCGAUGAAUACUGGCCUUUGCCUGCAUGUAUGGCUAGAGCUGUUGAGGUAGCCAAAGAAACCUUGCGAAAAUUAGGCCAUGAAAUAGUUAAAAUUCAGCCACCAAGCUUAGAAGAUGUAAAUUUUUCUAUAAUAGCCCAAACAAUGAACUCUAGAAGAUAUUCAUACUGAAAUGAGCCUGAGUGCGAACUUUUUGUCGAUAAUUUAGAUAAUCCCUUGAAAGCUUCUUGCUCCUUUGGAAUAAAAGAUAAGUACUCAAUAUAUUCUGAUGCAACAUCAGUUACCAAUUCUUAUGAAUUUGUAAAGCAUCUGAAGAAAACAACGCAACUCAGAAAUGAUUUUUUAAAGAAAUGGGCUGAUUUAGAAAUUGAUGCCAUAAUUGCUCCUUAUCCAGUGCCAGCAAUGAUUCAUGGGUCAAAUCAGAAAUUAGAGCUGGGGUUUGCUUAUGUUACUCUAUUUAGUAUAUUAGAGUGCCCAGUAGGCAAUGUACCUAUAGGUAUUAUAUCUGAAGAUGAGCAAUCUUACCCAGAGACUGAGGAGUCCUGGACAAAGGUUAUGAAUACAAAUAUGCAGAAAAGUAAGGGGCUGCCUAUUUGUGUGCAAAUUGCUGCUUCCCCUUAUCAAGACGAGCUUUGUCUUAAUGUUAUGAGUCAAUUAGAAGCAAAUAUCAGAGAAAAAUUAGAUUAA